AUUGCCUCAUUUUCAAAGAUGAGAAUUUACGUAAUACUGCUUUCCGUAAUAUCGCUGUACGCCCUUUCUGAGGCCGCUGGGCGUGGCCGCAGUCACAGUGUUACCUGGGGAGUGAGAAACUACAGGGACACUCACCUGUGCCGGGAGAUCAUUACGGAGAAGUCCAGGUUUCUGCGCGUGGUCACUAGGGAUUAUGUUUUCGAUCAAAAGAAACUGCGACGCACCAUCACCCAAGUCGUGGUUACGGAUCAAGUUAGGGAUGGCAACGGAGGCUACGCCUAUCUAACCGCCGGUGGACCGCAGAGCACCUAUGCCAAAAUCCAUCUGAAGAGCCAACGCAACCAGGGCUUCAGCUUCAUCAUCGACAUAUACGGCAUUUAAUCCGGAACGCCCCUGCCCUUAAUUAAAUUCCCCUACGUAUGGUUCUCCCUGCAGAUAGUUUGUUUAUUUAAUGGCCAGCACAUAUUUACAUACUGAAUAUACACAUAUCCGCAAGCA